AGUGAAGAAAAAGCAGAGAAUAAAAAGAGACCGGAUGUUGACAAAUUUCAUGUCACUGUUCUUAGAAGGUCGUUUGUUUGUGUGAAGAUUUCUUAUCUGGGAUCUCUCUCUUCGCCAAUUCUUCUUUUUAUUUUUAUUUUUUCUUCCUCUUUCUCUCUCUAAAAAAGGAAAAUUAAAGCUCUGUUGUUCUUGCCUUUAUGCGAUAGAGAAAGAGGAACAGGAGUGGCCCAGCAGAUCGAAAUCGACGAUCUGAACUUCUUCAAUGUUGUUGCAGCAACACCCACUUCGCUGUUUCUCCUACAAUUGUUUCUUUUAGCUACUUUUUCGUUUGCUUCCUGUUGCAGUGGGAGUCAAACACUGAUUUUUUCUUCUUCUCUGAUUUUUAAUGGUGGAAUCCAUGGUGGAUUCUUAGGAGCAUGUGAUGAGAGGAUGUGGGUCUGAGGGAUGGGAACCAAAGUUCAGAGUCUGCCAGGAUAUUACUCAAUGAGAGAUCUUAAUGAGGAAUCCAGUAGUUGUGGCUGGCCCCUAUAUUAUGGAGAUAAAACACUGGCGAAUGGGCAUUAUCAUAAUUAUUUUCCAAGUGCUGCUGCGGAUGCAUGUCCAACACAUGAUAAGGAUGUUGUGAAGCAAACAAUGCUUGAGCACGAGGCCAUAUUUAAGAAUCAGGUCUUUGAACUUCAUCGCUUAUACAGAAUACAAAGGGAUUUGAUGGAUGAGGUUAAAAUGAAUGAUUUAUACAGAAACCAGAUAUCUGUUGAGAGAUCAUUUUCCACAGGUCCCUUGGCUUCCCACAUAACAUCCGGAGAUGGUAAGAAAUGGCAGAUUCCUGGACUUCCAAUAAUUGGAAGUUCUACUUCUGCUAGACCAUCUAUUUCAGGUGUUGAGGGCAUUCAUUCUCCUUUGAGUUCUAAUAAAGGAAUCGGUAGGCAAGCUGGUCUGUUCCCAUCCCCAAAUGGGAGCAGUUCGAAAGAAGUUGAGAUACUGGGGUUCAGACCCUCAAAGGUAAGGAGAAAAAUGUUUGACCUUCACCUCCCUGCUGAUGAGUACAUUGAUACUGAGGAAAAUGAACAGCCUGGUGAUGAAAAGAUUACUGGCACAACCAAAUAUCUUUCCGAUAGAAAUUAUAAGACUGAAAAGGGAGGUGAUAUGAACAUUUUUUAUGGCAAUGGUGGCCAGGAAGACAACACUUUAAGACCUGAGCGGUCUUUAAGAAGCAUAAAUGGUCUGGCAGACUUAAAUGAACCUAUUCAACGGGAAGAACCAAAUGAUGUUGCAUAUGUUUCUCCCAAAAACCAUAAUCCUUGUCAAGGGCCAACUGAAUGCUCUGAUCUAUCUGCUAAACAGAAGUCAAGGUUCUUUGGUUUGUCUAAGGAAGAUUUACUGAACUCACGUCAUGGGACUGACAGCUGGGCUCAGAAUAAUGGAUAUUUGGAUAAUAAUAGGAAUGGGAAAAUGUGGAUUUCUUCAGUAGAGUCAGGACAAGCUAAAAGCAAUCUGAAACCCAUUCAUCAAGUCCUCAAACAAGAGCAGUCCCUUUUAUCUUCCCAAACGAUGCAAGAUGAACUCAAUAAAGUUCUUGAACCUACAUCUGAUCGUCUAACUAAUCGAAGCAUGGUGGAUUUGUUGAGGGAAAAGACAACUAGUGAUUUAGAUAUCAGUGAAAGAAACCGUGAAUACUCUGCUAAUAAACUUUCAGAGUCUGUUGCGUCAUCACAUAGGAAUGGUCUCUUUGCAAUUGGUCGUUCCUCAGAUUUAGCAAGGUCUUGGUCUCAAUCAUCUUGGGAAAUGGCAAGUAGUAGCCUAAACCAGAAGUUGAUAUCAGUACAGACACCUCCCUCUCCAUGUCUAAAUGCAUCCGUUGCAUUGAGUAGGAGUUCCCAGUCACAUCAGAGUAACGGGAUGUUGGGCGAUAGUUGGCCUCCUCUAAAUAUUAAUUCAAAGUUUAAUACCAGAUUUCAACAUGAGGCAUCUGGGAAAAAUGGAUUUCAUACGAGGACAUCAUCUGGGACCAAGGAGCUUUCAGUGAACAUCUCUUCUAUUAGUUAUCUCAACCAGGAUAAUGAUUGCAAGAAAUUUCCUGAACAUUUCAACAAUGGUUCAGCAAACUGUUACAAGAGUUCAAAUUGCAAUGACAUGAAGGCUGCAAAAAAUAUUAACUUGAAUGAGAUGCUUUCAAAUGGUUCUUCCAACAACUUGGUUUCCCAGUCAGGUCUCGGAUUCAUAGAUGGAGAACAAAAUCGAGAGGAGCAGCUUGCAGUGUUGCCUUGGCUUAGAGCCAAGUCAGCAUGUAAGAAUGAGGCACAAAAUGCUGGUAGAAGCUUAAAUGCCGGAGGUUUAAGUGUUUUCGAAGUUGCUUCUUUAUCUAACAAAGAUGAGUUUGGAAAGGGGUCUAACGGAAAUUUUUUGCACAAUGUAACUCCAGGUUUGUGUCUCAAUGAUAUUGAGCCAAAGGGAACAGAAAUUAAUGAAAGCUCCUCUAGUAGUAAAAGGAAAAUUCUUGGUGUUCCCAUAUUUGGCAUACCUCAUAUUUCUUCUAAGGAGUCAUCUUCAUUCACCUCUUCAUCUGGGUUGGUUCCUAAUUCAUCUGGCGUAGAAUUAGAGGAAAAUAAUCGGAAAAAACAGUUUCUUGAUAUUAAUUUGCCUUGUGAUGCUUCUGUUCCUGAGUUGGACGAUCAAGCUGUCACUGAAGUUAUUGUUUGUAAGACUGGAUCAUCAUCUACUAUAAAAGCCAGUUCUAGAAAUCAGAUUGAUUUGAACUUGAGUAUGAAUGAGGAGGAUGAAGCAUUUCUGACAAAUAUUCCAGCUACCAUCUUAGAAACCAAGGCAGAAAUAGAUCUUGAAGCCCCUGCCAUUCCUGAGUUAGAGGAGGAUACCAUUCCUGAAGAAAAAAAGCUUGAAACUCCAUCAGUAUUACCACUAAGCCAGCAGGGCACAGUUGGAAAGCUGCAGGAUGAACUUAUGAGGUAUGCAGCAGAGGCAAUUGUUGUCUUGUCAUCUUCUUGCUGCCAGCAAGUGGAUGAUGUGAUCAACAGUCCAUCAGAAAGCCCAGUGGUGGACCCUCUAAGUUGGUUUGUGGAUAUAGUUUCCUCAUGUGUGGAUGAUCUGCAGAAGAAGAUUGAUAAUCGAAGGGGAAAAGAUGGUGAGGAUAAUAGGGAAUAUUCCUCAGAUGGCAUGGAUUACUUCGAAUCAAUGACAUUGAAACUGACAGAGACCAAGGAAGAAGAAUACAUGCCCGAGCCCCUUGUUCCAGAAAACAUUAAAGUGGAAGAAACUGGAACAACCUCUGUACCUGCAAGGACUAGAAAGGGGCAAGCUAGGAGAGGGAGGCAGCGGAGAGACUUCCAAAGGGACAUCCUUCCAGGCCUUGCUUCUUUAUCAAGGCACGAAGUGACAGAAGAUCUUCAAACGUUUGGAGGGCUUAUGAGAGCAACAGGUCAUGCAUGGCAUUCAGGAUUAAACAGGAGAAGCUCAUCUAGGAAUGGGUGUGGUAGGGGUAGGAGGCGGUCACAGCCACAGGUAAGCCCCUCUGCCCCUCCUCCGGUGGCAACCAUUGAAACAAGCACCCCACUUAUUCAACAGCUUAAUAACAUUGAAGUGGGAUUGGAGGAUAGAAGCCUAACAGGUUGGGGCAAGACAACCAGAAGGCCCCGCAGACAAAGAUUUCCAGCAGGUAAUCCUCCAUCCAUCCGGUUAAUCUGAUCACUGGUAGAGGAUUAAAUUUAUAGAUGAGAAUUUAUAGAGGGUAAGCACAAGGCAGGUCCAUUGCGAUAUUGUUGGAACAGAAUGUUAAUCUCAAGCAUGGGAUUUCUCUUGUAAAUUUCUUCAAACCCGAAUUUGGGUAUAUGUUUGGUUUGCAGUCAGUCUGUGGUCUAUACCAACUUAAAUAACGUCGCAUGAUUUCUUCUUGGUUGUCUCUUUUAAGAACUGUUGGGAGGAAAUAUAUAUACAGUUUGUGCA